AUGUGCACUGCUCUGAGCCCGAAGGCACGUGGGCCUGGCCUCUCUGACAUGCACCAAUACAGUCAGUGGCUUGCAAGUAGACAUGAGGCCAACUUGUUGCCAAUGAAAGAGGAUUUGGCCCUCUGGCUCACAAACUUACUGGGUAGAGAAAUAACAGCAGAAACCUUUAUGGAGAAACUGGAUAAUGGUGCCUUGCUUUGUCGGUUAGCUGAGACCCUGCAGGAGAAAUUUAAAGAAAACAGCUUUGAUGCAAACAAGCCUGGCAAAACCUUACCAGUACGGAAGAUUCCAUGCAAAGCCAAUGCUCCUUCUGGGUCUUUUUUUGCACGAGACAACACAGCAAAUUUCUUAUCCUGGUGCAGAGAUGUAGGGGUGGAUGAUACCUGCCUGUUUGAGUCAGAAGGUUUGGUUCUUCACAAGCAGCCAAGAGAGGUGUGCCUUUGUUUGCUGGAACUUGGAAGGAUUGCAGCAAGGUUUGGGGUGGAGCCUCCUGGGUUAAUUAAGCUGGAAAAAGAGAUUGAACAAGAGGAAACACUUUCAACCCCCCUUCCAUCUCCUUCACCAUCACCAACAAAGUCUCCUGGGAAAAAGAGCACAGGGAAACUGUUGGAUGAUGCUGUUAAACACAUUUCUGAAGACCCACCUUGUAAAUGCCCAAAUAAGUUCUGUGUGGAGCGUCUUUCCCAGGGAAGAUACAGAGUUGGAGAGAAGAUCCUCUUUAUUAGGAUGCUGCACAACAAACAUGUGAUGGUUCGUGUUGGAGGAGGAUGGGAGACUUUUGCAGGGUACUUACUGAAGCACGACCCGUGCCGAAUGUUGCAGAUCUCCCGAGUGGAUGGGAAAACUUCUCCAAUCCAGAGCAAGUCUCCAACCCUCAAGGACAUGAAUCCAGACAAUUAUCUGGUUGUUUCUGCCCAUUACAAAACCAAGAAGGAGAUUAAGUGA